UUAAGCAUGAAAGUGAAAAGAAGUUUGAGAAAUAUACCUUUGCCCUAAUGCUUAUAUUUUUAACAAACUUUUUGAAUAUUUUUUCGGCGGUUGAUUAUUUUCAACUUAUGAACUUUAACUUGUGACAAAAAUAAAAUUCCAAUACCGCUUGAAAGUUUAACUAAACAAGUGUUUAAGUACGUAGUUAAUAUGCUCAACUCAAAUUAAAAAUGAACAUAAAAGGUUGGAAAAAAACAGAGAACGAAGCGGGAUAUCCUUGUUACAUUAAUGAAACUACCAAAAAACAACAAUAUGAUCAUCCCGAAUUUAUUAAAUUAUGGCAAUCACUUUCUGUAUACGACGAUAUAAAAUAUGCAGUGUACCGUAUUGCGUUCAAAAUCCAUGCUUUGCAAAAGCAAAUUCGAGUGCCUCCAUUAAGAAUCAGUUCUGGAGUUUUUGCUCGGCAUCAACUUAGUUUGUCUGAAAGCAGUCUAUCAUUGGAUACUACUGAGCUGGAAGCUGUACUAGCUGAUAUAUAUUUUGCUGCAGAAAAAGAUGGUCUAUUUGAUGGGGAUGUUGACUUUGCUGUAGAUCUCCUCAUUAAUCUCUUAUUAAAUGUUUAUGAUGUUGACCGAAAAGAACCGAUACGAGUAUUAGCAGCAAAGACCCUUCUUAUUGUCCUGAGUAAUGAUCCAGCAUCAGACAAAUGGUUUGCACUAGCCAAUAGUUGUGCAGAUCACAAUGGAUGCGUUUCUGCCAAGAGAUUCUCAGCUUUAUUAACGCAUAUUGUAGCACUGCCGCUAUACUGUGGGACAUCCUCUGGACAGCUGCAGGAUGAUGUUCUUUUGUGUUUUGAUAAGAAUUCGGGUAUGUUAGGCGUAAGUUCACGGAUGGUAGCCGAAUGGGGUGUGCAGUACUGCGCUAGUACAAUGUGGCUGUCAGUUUUAGAACGAAUCUCAGCUAGUAUUGACGAUGAGAAUACUAUUGGUCAAUGCGCUGUUUGCUCACAAAACCUAAAGAAGAUGCUGAAAUUUAAAUGUUCAAAAUGCAGCGAGGUAUAUUUUUGUGAGAACUGUUAUUUAUAUGACCGAGGCUUGAAUACAGUAAGUGGACACAAGAAGACUCAUGUAGUGCAAGAAAUUGUUGAUGGACAGGUGAUUUAUUUUAAGCAUCAUAUUAAAUCCUCACAAUGCGCGUUCAUGAAGAGUAUGAGACGAUUCUUCUUUUGCACUAAGACUAAGAAGAAGAAGAUAGUGAGAUCAAAAAAAAUCGACCAGUUAGACGGGCCCAGCACCCUAAAACGAAAGAAGGGUAACAAACCGACAAUGUUCACUUCAACAGUUGGUAAAGCUUCAGGGAAAGAGGCUGGCAACCCCGCGAACAUGCUUCAAGAUAUUAUCAUGCAGCUGGAAGCUCAGAAUAGAGCUCUUCAAGAAUUAUCGGUGCAGUUCAAGGACGUUGGAAAGAAUGAUGAUGAACUCAAAACGAAGGUAGAUACACAUUGGUCACAGAUAUCUACCCAAAUAAAUAGACUUAAAGUUUUAAAGGAAAAUUUGAUUGCACCUCAAAAUGUGUCCAACGAUACAGACAACAAAGACAAGCCUCAAGCUUUUGACCUGUUCAGUCCCAUACCGGUCAUCGAAACUCAGACCAAACUGACAGACAAGAACCAUCCUAGAGUAUUGAGCUUGGACUCCGGGAACUUCUCUGUUGUGUCGAAACAAGAGAGCCAGAACUUGCUGACGUUGUCUGGAGAUGCCUUGAAACCGGUGGUUGCUCAUGCCACAUCAGAUAGCAUAUCCGCUGUUUCUGUUAAUGAUAUCAGUUCGUGGUACAAUGAAACGCAGGCUUCCGGCAAGCAUGUCCGCCAAGCGAAGGGGCAGCCCUCGGACGAGGUCCCUCCCCCGGCGGAGAUCCCGCCCCCCUCGGCGGAGGACAGGUUCGCGGCGGACAUGCGGCGCGUGGAGCACGGCAACCACAAGAUGAAAGAGCUGAAUGCGGACCUUGACAAAGUGCUCGACAGGCUGCAGGAAAUACUCACACACAACUUCACGAUGGACGAUUCAUGUUUCGAUAAUAGCCAGCUGCGCGAGACGGCGAAUGAAAUGGAAGGUCUGUUGGGAACAUUGAUACGCGGAGUCGAACAGCGAGUGACCCUCGGCAACACUAAGGCGCUCGUGUAAAUUACACCUUCGACGAUAUGGAAUAGAGUCUAAAAUAUGAUUUGUUCCACCGAAGAUUAACAGGUAGAUGUGGCUCACACCACAGUGAAAGCUUCGUCUGAGAAUCUUAUGGGAAUGCUCUCAAUGCUCACAGAAAAAAAAAUUCAAUUAGAUAUAAUAUUUUAAAAUAUGUAUUAAUAAAUGUUAUCAAAAUGCAAAUAUUCGUGAAAUUAAUUGUGUAUGGAGGAUUAUUACAUCUCUGUUCUUUUUUUUUAUUGUUAUUGUAAACUGCUGGCUAUUAUCGACAUCUGCACACGGCUCGCCUGAUGGUAAGUGCUUAUUGUCGCUCAUGAACAUCAGAAAUGCCAGCGGCACAGCAAUGCCAUAGCCUACUGCUGUGGACUCCACUCGAUUAUAGGGUUUUGUUCUUUACUAGUGGUCCUUCAGUAGUUGAAAUUCGACUAUAAUUAAUUGAAAUUAUAAAUUUUAACACUAUUAUGAUUCUAUUGUCAA